UCAAUUAAACAAUAAUUAAUCUUCUUAAUUACCGUGGAAUAUCACUUACAAUGAACCCUCAAACAACAGCUCCCUGAUUAUAUUUGAGAAUCAGCUAAUUCCUCAAUCCAAUUUUGACUUCAUCAUCAGAUUGACUCUUUCAUUGAUUGAUUUUAAAUUUUAAUACUAUAAAGCAAAAGGAUAUUUGAUUUGUUCUUUGAAGAGGUGAAGUUAGAAUUCAACUUAUUCAUUUUCCGCCAUUGUAUCCCUUUUGAAAAACACACACAGAGAGGUAAGCCAAUUGAAUAAGUGAAAGGGAAAGUAGACAGAAACAGAAAGGUUACAACUUUCCCUUUUUCUGCUUGUGGGCUCUCUUUUUCUCAAUGUGAUUUGAUGCCUUUGUGUACAGAGAGACAGACUCUUGAAUCACUAGUUGCUGGGAAAAAAAAUACUAGGAAAGAGAGUGAGUGCAAAGCAAAGAAAAGAAAAGAUUCAAGAUUUAGCUGGAUUGAUACUGUUGUUCAAGUUAGUAUUGAUUAACCACUUCAUAAUCGUCCUCGUUUUGGAUUUCCAGAUUCAGUUGGAUAUACACUUUCCUUUUCCUGUUUUUGAGUGAAGGUAGAAGAAAAAUGGGUGUUGAAUUGUUGGAGAUUGGAGUUAAUGUGAGGAAAGGUGCCAUCUUUACAAUCAGAUCGUGUUUUAGAACUGUUUGCAGUCAUCCAUUUCUUGUGGGCAUGCUGUGUUUCUUGAUAUUUCUGUACAGAUCAUCUCCUUUUACUUUUCACUUAUUGCUGUCUGCAUCUCCUAUCCUUGUAUGCACUGCUGUUUUGCUUGGAACCCUUUUAAGUUUUGGGCAACCAAAUAUACCUGAAAUCGAAGUCGAUGAGAAGCCUGCUGAGGCUUUGUGGAUUAAGAGUGGUGCUUUGGGUGAUGCUACUGUUGUUGAGGAAAAUGGGAGCCAUUUUGUUGGUGAGUUUAAUAGGUGGGGUGAAGCAGGAAAGUCGACUGAAGUUCGUAGAGAGGAGGAUUCGGAUGAUACUGCCCCGUUGAUUGAGGCAAGUGAUGUUGAGGAGAGGGGAGGCAAGAGAGAGUUGGGUGAGUUGAGGUACAAGAAGAAAGAUGAGUGGAUUGAAGAGAGGCUUUACAAUGGGGAUGCAACGGUAAAUGGUGAAGUUGUUGGAUCAGAUGAAGAGAACUCAGAAGCGGAUUCUUUUGAUUCCGAGAAGGUGAAUGUGGACUCUGUGGAUUCGCCUCCCCUCUCACCUUGGGCACGAGUCAAGGAGCCGGAGGAGAAAGAAGAGGACAAGGAGCAAGAUGAAGACGAGGAGGAUGGGUCAGAUUCUGAGUCUGAUUGUGCUGAGAGUUCCUCUCCGGAUGCAUCAAUGGCUGACAUAAUGCCAAUGCUUGAUGAGCUCCAUCCAUUGCUGGACGAGGAGGGCGGCCCUCAAAAUGCUCGUUUCUCCUGCAGUAACUCAGAUAUAGCAUCGGAUAAGUCGCUAAAAUCAAGUCAUCAGUCGGAUGAUGAGUCUGAAGAUCAUGAGCGCCUGGAAGCUGCUGAUGAUGAAAAUGAAGACGGAGAUGAUGACGAAGAAGACGACCAUGGAGACAAGGACGAGGAAACAAAAUCCACCAUUACAUGGACCGAGCAGGACCAGAAGAAUCUUAUGGACGUCGGAUGCUCCGAGAUUGAGAGAAACCAACGUUUGGAGAAUCUGAUUUUGAGGAGGAGAGCAAGGAAAAGCACAAGCUCGAGCUUCUUUGCAGAGAGGAACUUGAUAGACUUGGAGUGUACUGCUCUCCCUUUCAACAUUGCUCCCAUUUUGACAAGACGACAAAAUCCGUUCGAUCUCCCUCAGGAUUCUUGUGAUGAUUCAGGACUGCCUCCCAUUCCUGGUUCAGCUCCUUCUGUUUUGUUACAGAGAAGUAACCCUUUCGAUAUUCCUUAUGACUCAAGCGAGGAGAAGCCUGACCUUAACGGAGAUGUGUUUCAAGAGGAGUUCACAUCCCAACUCAGAGAGCCAUUUUUCCGGAGACACGAGAGCUUUAGUGUCAGACCUUCAUUGUUCGCACCUAAGAGGCAAGACAUCAAGAUGAGGCCUUACUUUGUUCCAGAGAGAACCAUCUCAGAAGAAUCGAGCAGUUAUCUGUUUCAGAGACAGUCGAGUGGACUAAGUGACUCGAAGGCGAGCUCCAUUCCUGAAACUGAAUCAAUUACUUCAGUUGAGGAUAUGGAGGACAAGAAGCUACCUGAAACAGACUGUCUGCCAGAAAGAGAGGUUGUUGAACAAUCAAGAGACAUCGUUGAGGAGGGUCCUCCUUGCAGUCCAAAGCUGAUUACCCUACAGGAGGUAGACUCCGAAGAAAUUGUCUUCAAAAUGGAGAGUGUUUCCGAGCAUAUUGGACAUGGAAGUCAAUCUUCGGAAGAUGAUUGUCUAGAGUUUGACCACAUCGAGAAGAGAGAUGAUCAAGUCGGCGAAUCUCAUUUGGUGGAUGUUACAGAAUGCUUCGAGCUAGGAAGGGCAUCCCAAUACGCGGAAGGUCAGGGUUUUGGACAUGGUUCGACCUUGGAAGCUGUUGAGUCAAGAUACAGUAGACAUUCGAGCUCCUCGUCACUUUCAGAAGUGAAUGAGAGGGUCUUCAUUGAUAAAGAAAGUGAAGGGCUAUCAAUGGUGGAGGGAAACAGAGAUGUCGAAGAACCAAGCGUGUCGAACCGAACUUCUGUAUUAAGUAAUGAUCCGAAUAUCACAAGUUCAUUGGCUAUCGAGCUAACACAACGGGUGCCUGUAUAUGAUUCUAGCCUCCAAGGACUCCGUGAGAGUUUAAUAUGCUCCUCUGUUUGUGAUGUGCUUCCGGCAGGGGUUGAAUCGGAAGGGAGUCAUUGGGAAAUUGAGACAAACACUGAGAUGUUACCUGAUUCUUCAGUGUCUCAAUCAGCAGCAGCUGAUUCCAGGGCAGUUGAUUUCUUUGAUAUAAAAGAUCAUGACAAUGUGAACACUGAUUUAAGUCUAAAUUCUGCAUCUACUUCCUCUGCUUCUGAUGCAAUGGACAAACAUAUAUUGGAUGAAGUCUCUGUCUCCUUUGAUGAUAAAAAUAUUGAUGGCAUAGUUGAAGUCAGUGAGACACAGCUUGAAGGUCUACCACGAACAGAAAGUUCAAAUUCUGUCGAUUCCGAUACUGAUAAUCAACAUGGAACUGAUGAAAAGUUAGUCUCUACGCUCUCAUCUGAAGGAAACACGUCUCUGUUUUACGAGAGUGUAAUACAAGAGCUAGAUUACAACUCUGUCAAUGUAGUGCAAGCAUCGAACACCCAAGUUGAGACAUCUUCGGAUUAUCAAAGUACACAUGAUGACUUGAACAUGCCCGAGGUCCAAGAGCUUGAUCACUACGUCAACUCUCCAUCAAAUCCUAAAUUUGUUUCUAUUCUGCAAAGUGCUAUGGAGACAAAUAGUUAUCGAUUUCAUUUGCAGACAGUGGUGGAAGAAGUUGAUGAGAUUAAGGAAAUUGAUGAAGGGCUUUUGUGUGAGUUAGAUAACGUUGGGGAUUUUAGUAUCGGACAGUUGGGAUCUGGCACGAGUGAGUUUGAAAAGCGUGUAGAAUCUGUUGGAGAAGGAAAUUUGUCUUCAACGCACUAUGAGGUGAACAGAACGGAACAUGUUCCACUUCCAGGGGAAUUGAGGGAGCAUAUUGAUUUGUAUGAACAGGAUGGAGAAUUUACUUCAGAGAUACAAGCAAGAAGAGCUGAAAAUAUCGAGGUCUCGAAGGUUGAUGAAAAUGACCCUGAUUCUCCUCAUCAGGAAAUAUCCGACGAUGACACACCGUGCAGAGAAAAUGAAUUCCUGCCCGCUAAUUCGUCUGUGAAUGACAGUCACGAAGAUGCUGUUUCCGGGAUACAAGAAAUAAAAGUGCAGUCUGUAGAAAAUGUCAGUGUUGUUGCCACCAAGCCGGAAAUUGCUGAGGUGCCCUGUCAAGGUGAACUUGAUACAGAUUCCACUUCUGGGAUGCCUGAAAUUGAAGCUAGUUCAGUCGAAAAUAUUGAUCUAACCUUGAAGCAAACCAGUUCAAAAAAUCGUGUUGUUUUGGAUCCACCCCGAGAUGAGAUUCAGAAUCAUGAAGAUAGUGUUUCUGCAAUACCUGUGUCUGAAGCGCUAUCUGUAGAUGAUGUUGAUGCUGCUCCUAAGCGAGCUGAAUCCAUGUCUAUGGAAACCAAGAUCAUGGUUGAAGCUGUUGAAGUAUCCAGCUAUGAGAUGACGGAAGCCAAAGCUAGUACAGUCGAAGAUAUUGAACUGGCAUUUAAGCAACUGAUUUCUGAGGAGCCUCGAGUCUUGGAGUCUGUUGAUGCAGAUACCCCUUCUCUGAUUUCUGAACUUGAAGCCUCUAAAAUAAAAGAUGAUUAUAUUGAGUCCUUGAAAAUCAGUUCAACGGAGAUCGAGAAGCAAGUUCUUGAAGCUGAACUUCACGACUGUGAAGAUAGACCUGAGCAGGAAGUCUUUUUGGCAGAAGACGUUCCCAAGCAUACUGAGUUGGCUUCUGUGGAAACUGAAGUCGUCGUGGAAAGUGUUGACACAUCCAGUCAAGAUCGAAUCCAUACAGAGGACGCUUGUGUAUUCACUGAAAUCGAAGCUAAUACAGUUGAAGAGAUGGAUCUGGCAUUUGAACAGAUCAUGUCCAAGGCGAUUGAGAUAGCGGUUGAUGUGAAGCCAGUAGAUUCGGAUUCUACUUCUGAGAUGCCUGAAAUUGAAGCUAGUUCAGUUGAAGCUAUUCAUCGCGCAUUCCAGCACACAGGUUCCAGCGAGAUCAAAGAUCAUGAUAUUGGGGAAACAAUAACUGAUAAAACAGCACCACACGGGGAUGCGAGUGAGCCAGUAUCCACUAAUCAGGCGUCACUUAUUGAAGUUGGACCAUGUGAUGAUGCUGAAGCAAAUGAUAAGCAAACAGCUGAUAGCAAAACGCCUGUAGUUGAUCCCGCUCUGCCACUUGUGGAAUCUAAAGAAAUGCAAGGAGCCUCUUCCGAACUGCAUGUUGCUGAAGACGUUCCUUUGGAGAGUAAGGCUCCGCCUACUCAUGUUUCAGAUGAUGAAACGAGUGUACAGCUGGAGCUGAAGUCCGAUGAUGAAUCAGUUGAAGUCAAGGCUGAUGAUAAUAAGAUAGGGCCCUGUGACGAGAAGUCUUCUAGCCUUAGCAGUGCCAUUGAGGGUGAAAAGCCAAACCACGGAGACAACAAAGCAGUUAAAGACUCGGAUUCUCCAUCUUCUGGUAAAGGAAAAGGUAAGCUCUCUAGAAGCUCCAGUUCCAGUUCCAGCUCCAGCUCUAGCUCUGACUCAAGCUCGAGUGCUUCCGAUAGAGAAUAAGAGGCUAGAUGGGGCAAAAGAAAGUAUUUCAGCUGUGUGUGCAAUUUUUCGUUGCUCGAUACCGUGGGGUUCUUGGUUCUGCUAGCAAGAUAAUUUCUUCAAGAAUGAGUUAUUUAUUUGAUUUCUUGAAAUUUUGAGGUUUUGUUUUUUGGCCUUUUCUUUCCCGAAUUUUAGUGUUUUUUGUGAGGGCAGUUUUGAGUUGAAAUGUUGUCUUGAACUAUCCUAUGGAUGUACUGUAAAUAUGUGCACACCUUAAUGAUUUGAUUAUUAUCAAAGGGCAGGGGUUCGUUUUGUGACAA